GCCAGACGCCAGCAAAACGCUCUUUGAGAAAAAAGCGCCGCGGGUGUUGGUUUGGGAAAGCGUGCGUGUUUGCCGUCAUGGCGGCGACGGUGGCUACUAACCACGCGGAUCGUCAGCAGCACAACGUGUCCGACCUCAAGGCAUCGAAAGAAAGCGCCGGCUCGUACGCGCAGGCCCUAGCGAACCCGAGGGCCGCCGAACCGACGCCGAACACCAACGGAGUGUGCGGCGCCAGCGACUCGGGGCAGGACGGCGAGGCGGCCGCGUCCAACGACGAGCUAGGCCUAAACCGCAAUAUGGUUCACGGCGGUCCGUCGGCCUCGACAAACGCCACAGUGCCCGCCCGCGACUCGACCCCAGUGAGUGCCGAGACGACGUCGUCGUCGAACGGCAUCGGAGCCGCGGACCCGGCGGCGCACGGUGCCAGGCCCGCCCGAGCCAAGGAUUUCGGUGACUCCGCGCUGCCCAAAGUGAACCCGUGGACUGUGAACAGAAACGCGGCGCAUGUGAUCAGCGGCAAAGCCUCGACGGAACCCGUGGAUUUUGGUGGCACCGUCAAGCCGACGAGGCGAGAAGCUGCGGUGACGGCAGCAGCGGCGGCGACCACCAGGAGGCAGCAGCCGGCGACGUCAGAGAAGAGAAGCUCGACACGGCAGGGCCAGUCGGACGUGAAUGACUGGCCCACCCUGGGGGAGGUGCACACUACUGGUUCACAGGCUGCGAAGACGGCGACGGUGGAGGGCCACGCUCCCUCGAGCAGCCACCUGGUGCAACAUAACUCUGCUGCCUCUCCACCGGAGGCAUUGAGCCCCGGGUCACAAGCGUGCCCCGCUGGCCAGCAGCAGGGCUGCAGCUCCAGCAAGGACGAGGAAGAGGAGGAGGAGGAAGAUGAGGACUCGUGCAAGGAGAACCGGGACGGCGCCCCCGGCAGCACGACAGACUCCUCGGCCAGGACCACCCCUAGGUCGUCCCACAAGAGGGGAAGCAAGCAGAAGUGGCUCCCCCUGGACAUUGAACCUGUGAAGCAUGAGCGACGGAAACCAGGCCGCAGCGGGGCGGGAGAGCCCGGUCCCGGCGGGGAGCGCAGGGGCCGCAGCUACCGGGGGGGCCGCAGCGGCAGGGGAGGGGCUCGCCUGGGGGGACGUCCCUGGCCCUCCAGGGGCUCUGGCUCGCCGCUGGUCCCAGCCAAGGGGUCGGGCGAGGAGGCGGACCGGAAGGGCGCCGGCGCCGCGGAGGGCGGCAGCAGCAGCCGCGGCCGCUUCACGAGCCCGUUCCUGGGCACGUACUACUUCAACCACAGCUUCAUGAGGGUGGACGAGGCCACCCUCAGGGAGUAUGUCCGCAAGCAGGUGGAAUACUACUUCUCGGAGGAGAACCUGCAGCGGGACUUCUUCCUCAGGCGAAAGAUGGAUGCCCAGGGUUACCUGCCGGUGAGCCUGAUUGCGUCGUUCCAUCGCAUCCAAGCACUCACACAGGACGUCGGCCUGGUCAUUCAGGCGGUGAAGGAGAGCAGCGCUCUGGAGCUGUGCGGGGAGGUGAAGGUGCGCACGGUGCGGGACCCCCUUCGCUGGCCUCUGCUGCAGGAGCCCCCCGCCUUGCACCCGGACGUGCCGGCCUUCGUGCCUGGACAGCCUUACCUGCCCCUGCACCCGGGCGGCUCCCCGGGCGACGGCUCCGAGAUGUCCGGCGCUUCCCGGCGGCUGUGCGAAGAUGGGGAUGCGGGGGACGAGGCGGACAACGAACAGGAGGCGGAGGCUCCCCGGGCCCCCUCGCAGGGCAAGCCCCGCGAGCCCGGCCACGACGGCUGGAAGGAGGUGCGCCGCAGAAACAGGGCCACGGUCCGGGCCGCCAACAGGACGCAGCCUCCCCAGGAGGCCUUGGACCCGGACCGGGAGGAACUGGAGUUCCAGUUUGACGAGGAGCUGGAACGGGCGCCCGACGGCCGCAAGAACACCUUCACCGACUGGUCCGACGACUCGGACUACGAGUUCAGUGACACGGAGGUGAACAAGAUCCUGAUUGUGACCCAGACGCCCCCUGCCCCGGCCCCGGCCCAGGUGGGGGCGGGGGCGGGCCUGCGCAAGCACGAGGGCUACGACCGCACGGGGGACUGGACUACCCGGGUCAAGAUGACCCAGGAGCUGGCCCAGAUCAUCAACGACGGGCUCUACUACUACGAGGACGACCUCUGGAACAGGAUAGACAGGCAGCAGGAGCAGCUGUACCGCACGGUGGAGGUGGUGAGCCAAGAGGAGUUUGCCCACCGGCGGGGCACGGACGUGGGCGGGGCCAAGGAGCAGGCCCCUCCCCCUCCCCCACCCCCGUGCAUGCCUCUGGAGGAGGAGGACGGGGUGGAGCCGGACACGCCCCGCAGCACGGUGUCGGGCAGCGGGCGUACGCCCCGGUCGCGUAAGGACAACCGUGUGGCGCCCCGCUUCUACCCCGUGGUCAAGGAGGGCAGCCGGCCCCUGGACCAGCAGACGCCCCGCAAGCAGAAGACGCGCCACAGCAGCAACCCGCCCGUGGAGCACCACGUGGGAUGGGUGCUGGACAUCCGGGAACACCAGCCCCGCUCGCGCACCACCUCCCUCAGCGAGAUGGGCACAACACCGACGGAGCUGACGUGGGGCGGCGGCAUGCCAUCCCUGCAAGGUGCGGGCGCCUACGGCAGUACCCCGCACUCGCUGCCUAGCUUCGAGCACCCGAGCCACGCACUGCUCAAGGAGAACGGCUUCACCCAGCUGGUGUACCACAAGUACCGCUCGCGCUGCCUCAAGGAGCGCAAGCGCCUGGGCGUGGGGCAGUCGCAGGAGAUGAACACCCUGUUCCGCUUCUGGUCCUUCUUCCUGCGGGAGCACUUCAACCGCAAGAUGUACGACGAGUUCCGCAGGCUGGCCAACGAGGACGCCCGCGCCGGCUACAGGUAUGGCCUGGAGUGCCUGUUCCGGUUCUACAGCUAUGGCCUGGAGAAGCACUUCCGGCUAGAGCUGUACCAGGACUUCCAGAGGGAGACCAUCAAGGACUGCGAACAAGGACAGCUGUACGGCCUGGAGAAGUUCUGGGCGUUCCGCAAGUAUUACCGGCUGAGCCACCAGUGCCCGGUGGACCCUGCCCUGGAGGCCAAGCUCCAGCCGUACCGGAGCAUCGACGACUUCAGGAUAGACGUGGCUGACCUGGCCGAACAAGAGCGCCAGGAAGCGGAGCGCCACCAGAGGCCCCGCCACGGGUCGGAGUGCCAGCCAAGUGGGGCGCCCCACCGGAACCGUAACCGCAGCGCGCCCGGAGUGCGACAGUGACGCCGCUGCCCGCCAUCCCGCCGCCGUUUUGUGCGCUCUGCCAAGGGGAACGUCCGUUCGCCGCUGCGUUCCCGCCGUUCCGGUGACGUUCGUCGGAGCCGUCCCCGACGUCUUGUGACCCGGCGGCCCCCGCCGUCAGACAAUGUGCGUCACAUUUUGCUCGGGGAGUCUCCCGUCUCUCCACCCGCACAACGAGACGACAGAGAGAGCGUGCGUCCCCGAAACUGACAAAUCUAAAUCCCCCCCCCCUUUUUUUUUUUUCGUCUUUUUUCCCCCCUUUUUUUUAGGUCGUGGUGCGUGAUGUUUAGCUCGAUUUUGUUUCUGAGCACGAGGCCACCUCACAAGCCGACCUGUGACCCCGAGGUUAGGGUUACGGUUUGCUCGGGCCACCCAUGGAUGCAAAGUUCUCGGUAGACACGAGACCUCAGCGUGUGGGCGACGACUCACCGCUGCGGUUUGGGUGGGGCCGGGACGAUGAAAUGGACGGUGGGCUCGGGGUUUAAGGUCGAAUUUUUAAGCGGCUGCCGUGCCGACUUCUGGGUGGCUUCGAAGUUGCCAUUGUACGGUUCGUCCUCUCGACGUCGGCACAGCACGCCAAGCACCGAGGCUCGCUCUCGGUACGGAGCCACCACUGCUGCCCUCGGAGCGCACCGGCGUUGCCCUAGCGCUGUCUGCAAAGUGCACCGGUGUUGCCCUGGUGCCACCUGUAGAGUGUACUGGUGUUGUCCUAGUGCUCCCCCAGAGUGCACUGGUGGUGCCCUAGUGGUCUCCUCAGAGUGCACUAAUGUUGCCCUAGUGCUGCCUUUAAAGCAUCCUGGUGCUGCCCUAGUGUUGCUUGCCGAGGACACUUGCGUUGCCCUAGUGCUGUCUGCAGAAUGUACCGGUGCCCCGAGGGUGUGGGGUGGCCGGGCUGUGAUGAGCAGGGCCCAGAGAGGCCAUGUUUGGGGGGUUUGCUUUGGUGAGCAACUUGUUUUGUUGUUUUAAAACCUUACUUUCUCUUCGUCGUUUUGUGGUUCUUACCAUUUCUUUCGGCUUUAUGUCCUCGGCUGUCGACGCAUUUGGCACCGGGUGCAGAUGCACCGACGGUUCCGGUUUUUCUUUGGGGAGUUGGAGCCUUGCGCUUUGUCGUGCGUCCGUAGGGUUUACCGUUUUCUUUGGAAUCCUCCAUAUAAUUUUUUUCUCCUUUCGUUCUUGCUUUGGAAGCUUGACGUUGUACAAUGCUGUAUUAUCGUAGCCCAUGGUGGUGUUGUGGGCUUCUUUCUGUGUCACUUUUGUUUUUUUGUUUUUCAGUUUAUUUGUUCGCUUUGCAACCGCACCUUUUUUAAGCGUUGCAUCGCAGUCCUUCUUCCGGCGUUUGACUCAUCUGGUGUUUUUAUUUUUGGUGGUAACUUUGGUCUGAGUGAAUCUGACGAUACGCCGCUGCAACAGCGAGCCUCGACAUCGCUUCUGCCAGACGCCACCGCACAGACGACGACAUUUUUUAAUGUAACGGUAGAUCGAACACACACAUAUAUAUAUAUAUAAUAAUGAUAAUAAUAAUAAUAAUAAAGGAAUUUUGAAUGGAUUGUGAAUUUUUUUUAAAUCUCGGGGUGUUUGUAAAUCGACGGAUUGCACUAAAUACCCGUUGUUUUUCUAUUAGCCUAAAGGCUCGUUGGGUGUCUGAUUUAGCUCUGUGUGUGACAGGGUGUGAGGUGCGUUGGGUCGGAAGCAAUAUACCCGUUGCCAUCUUCUCUGCCACGCAUUCCGACGCACGUUUUUUGUUACCUGUCGACUUGCACCUGCUUGAUGUGAGUGUUUUGGGGCAACUGGUGAUACCUUGGCUUUCUUUCCUGUCCGUCGCAACUUUUGAGCGAAAUGCAGCGUCGUUGACUUUCUGCUGGAAGUGUGUUCGCGAAGCAUGGAAGAGAGGAGGGAGUGUGCCACCGACAGAAACGCACCCGACCGCGUCCGGAAACUGCCACAGUCACAUCCCCGCGAAGGAAAGGCUCUUUGCCACAGACGUGUGUCCGACGUUCCGCAGGACCUCCGGUGCACACGUCCGCGGGAGAUCCUGCGCAGACAUCUGUGGGACGUCGUCGCGCAACGUCUGCGAAACGUCCCGCACAAACGUUUUUGCGACAUCGGGGCGAAGCGUCCGCAGGACCGCACGUCCUUUCGUGGGGAAUCAUACCCGGGUUCGCGCCCACAUUGCGCGUGCGGACGGAACCUCGGUGCACUUCGGAUCGGACCAGGUCGGGUGCGUCUGCGUGUUCGAUGGAUUUGGGGCCGCGUUCAACGUCAGACAACGUGCGACUCGCAAAGCGUGGCCUGAAAGGCGUUGUGUGUGUGUGCUUGGUUUUUAGUCCCGUAUGUCGUCCUAGCCAACCAGAGAUCAUGUGUAUGAAGCUGCGAACUAGUGAAACAUGAGAGCAAUGAUGCAAUUGAGCUGGUGCCUUCAAUCUUUUGCAUUAAUUGACCCCUAUGUAGAAUACUGCACUAAAGACUUUAAAAUCACUCCAAAACCUAGUUGUCUGUGUGGUUCUUCGUGCGACACCAGCAUGACACGAACGGAUCGGUGUCGGUCGAGCGUGGCAGUACAAAAUGGUCUGAUGUUGAUCCUUCCGUAAAAUAUUGAGCGUCUGCCUAUUCCACGAUCUACAUGAUUAUCUUCAAACUUUGAGUGCGCACUUGCUCAGGAUUUUAUUGUAAACAGAUGUCCCGUUAUCGUGGCAAUCUACACACCGAGCAGCAGAUGUAAAACUGGUGGGGUGCCACUUGCCAAAUGAGGAAAGCUGCAGAAACGGUUGUCUAUAUCCAGGAUGAUAUCUUAUUUAACAUUCAUGGCGUGUAAGGAAUGAAAACUGUUUAGCCAACAGGGUUCAAUCUAUGAUCGGUGAACGCUCAUGGAUUACUCCCCACUUCAAGCCGUUGUCAAACCCUAAGUAAGGUGGGAAGUUUGAACUUUUCAAUUUGGCAGGCAAGUGCUUUGAAAUUCAAUGCUGAAGUUCCAGCUCAAAAUCUCGCCAGAAUCCGCUGGGAACCACUUAAGAUGCAGAUGCAAGACUGGUAAAGCAAAAACGUGGAUGACAGGGAGCUGAAAAAAAGUCUAGGCUCGUUAAAGUUGGCUACAUUUUGGGCCUAAAAAAAAUUACCCAUGUGCUCCAGAUCUCUGAAAUUGAUUCGUUUAGUGGUUUUGAAUGGUGCCCAUCAAGUUUCUAUUUGAAUUGUGCUAUUUUCACUAAUUAGUAGAACAUUUAGUAUAUAAAUUUAGUUAAAAGCCUAAUUAUCCCAUAUGCCAUGUUCCCCGAUAAAUAAAGCUCCUUGGCAGUGACCGA